AGCUUUCCUAGCAGCUCAAGCAAUGGCUCACAAGACAACAUAGCUGGGCAGCCUUCCGCUAGAGGCACAGGCUGCCCAAAAGCUAUGGAGGCAUUGCGAAGACUUAGUUUGGUCUCGAAGGUGACCAUUGAGAUCCAGAAUCACUGGGGCAUAGAAGACAAGACGCUCGCAGAGUUCGUGAUCGAACUCGGAGAGUCUAGCUCUGGGGUGGAUGAGUUUGAGGCCAAGCUUCAGGAGAAUGGAGCAGCGGCUUCUGCAGCUUUCUGCCAGAGGCUGCUAGAGCUCAUCCAAAAGCUGGGCGGGCCGAAGAAGCCUGGUCAGGCGGAUGCCAAAGGUGGACCGAACGCAAAGGCUUCGAAUGAAGCCUUGGCAUUGGCAAACAAGGAGAUUGCCAGAGAUCCAAAAAUCGAUAGGCGAGAAAGAAGCCGAAGUCGUGGUGAACACAAGGACAAAGAGACCAAGGAAAAAAAGAAAGAGCUGCGAGGACCUGUAGAGCUUUAUGGCAUCUACAAGGGCCAGGUUUCGCGGCUCAUGGAGUAUGGAGCCUUCAUCUCCUUCGAGACCUCCGAAGGACGAAGAGAAGGAUUGGCUCACUUGAGCGAGCUCUCUCGGGAGACGCGAAAUGUGAACCGAGCAGCUGACCAUUUGAAAAGGAAUCAAGAUUGCUUCGUGAAAAUCAUAGGUAUCGCCGGGUCCAAGCUCAACAUCUCUCUCCGCGAAGUGGAUCAAGAGACGGGGGAGGACUUGAAGGUGCGGAAGCUGAGAGGUGCCGAGGAACCCGACGAAUUGGAUGUCUCCAACCCUAUGAGAAAGAGGCGGAUGGAGGACAAUGCCAAGUACGGCAAGGUCACUGGCAUUAGGCUGGACUACGCCGACAAUGAGACAGAGAGGAAAAAACUUCGACAGAAGAAGAAGCUCAAUGAGUACGAGAUGUGGGAGGCGCAGCAGUUGCAAGCCUCCGGUGUGAUUGAGCAGCAUGAGCGCCUCGAUUGUGACGAGGAGAAAGGGCUUUUGGCGGACAGUGACAUCGAGGAGGACUACGAGAUUGAGCUCCAAGAGAAGGAGCCAGUCUUCCUACGAGGCCAAACCACCAAAGCCGGGGUGAGGUUGUCACCCAUCCAGGUUGUCAAGGAGCCUGAUGGCAGCUUAGCACGUGCUGCCUCCACGGCACAAGCUUUGGCCACGGAGCGGAGAGAGGCCCGAGAGGCGAUGCAGCAGAGCCUUCUGGAUGCGAUCCCGAAAGAUAUGGGCAGACCAUGGGAGGAUCCAAAGCCUGAACCAGGUGAGCGAACCAUCGCGCAAGCCUUGAGAGGCCUUGGACAGACAUCCUACGAGCUGCCUGAAUGGAAGAAGCUGUACAUCGGCAAAUCCGUGUCCUAUGGGCAGAAGUCGGUUAAGCCGAUCAAAGAACAGCGUGAGGGACUUCCAAUCUUCAAGCUGCGGAAUGAGCUGCUUCAGGCUAUUCACGACAAUCAGGUUCUCAUCGUGAUUGGUGAGACGGGCAGUGGAAAGACCACGCAAAUCACUCAGUACUUGGCGGAGGCUGGCUACACGUCUCGGGGAGUGAUUGGUUGCACCCAGCCUCGACGCGUGGCUGCAAUGUCCGUGGCGAAACGUGUGUCGGAAGAGUACGGUUGCCGCUUAGGUCAAGAGGUUGGCUACGCAAUCCGAUUUGAGGAUCAGACUGGGCCGGACACUCUCAUCAAGUACAUGACUGACGGUAUGCUUUUGCGUGAGAUCCUGUCAGAUGACCAGGUCAGCAAAUAUUCCGUGGUCAUGCUGGAUGAAGCUCAUGAGAGGACCAUCUCCACAGAUGUUCUCUUUGGGUUGCUGAAGGCUGCAGUCAAGAAAAGACCUGAACUCAAACUCAUAGUCACUUCUGCGACGCUGGACGCGGAGAAAUUCUCCAGCUACUUUUUCAACUCCCACAUUUUCACUAUUCCUGGCAGGACCUUUCCAGUGGAAAUCCUCUACUCCAAGGAUCCGGAGCAGGACUAUGUGGAAGCUGCCCUCAUGACGGUGCUGCAGAUCCAUUUGACUGAGCCGUCCGGGGACAUUUUGGUCUUCCUCACAGGUCAGGAGGAGAUUGAUACGGCCUGCCAAGUUCUGCAUGAACGAAUGCAGAAGCUUGAAGCAAUGAGCCCGCCACCGCUGAUUAUCCUUCCUGUGUACAGUGCUUUGCCUUCUGAGAUGCAGACGAUGAUUUUCGAGCCUCCACCGCCGGGCUGUCGGAAAUGCAUUGUGGCCACGAACAUUGCGGAGGCCUCCUUGACCAUUGAUGGGAUCUUCUUUGUGGUGGACCCUGGGAUGGCCAAGGUCAAAAUGUACAACUCCAAGACAGGCAUGGACUCCCUGCUCAUCACACCUGUCAGUCAGGCGAAUGCCCGGCAGCGCUCCGGUCGUGCUGGGCGAACAGGGCCGGGCAAGUGCUAUCGUCUAUACACGGAACUGGCCUAUCGCAAUGAGAUGCUGCCAACGGCAGUCCCAGAAAUUCAGCGGACCAACCUUUCCAACACAGUGCUGCUCCUCAAGGCCAUGGGAAUCCAAGAUAUGCUGAGCUUUGAUUUCAUGGACUCGCCGCCUGUCGAGACCAUGAUCAACGCUCUCGAGUCGCUUUGGACCCUGGGAUCCUUGGAUGAUGAAGGAAUGCUGACAGAUUUGGGCCGUAAGAUGGCCGAGUUCCCCAUGGAGCCUGCCCUCUCCAAGAUGCUGCUGACAUCUGUGGAUUUGAGGUGCAGUGAUGAGAUCAUGACCAUUGUCGCCAUGCUUUCGGUCCAGAACGUUUUCUACCGACCAAAAGACAAACAGGCUUUGGCGGACCAGAAGAAGUCCAAGUUCCACCAACCGGAAGGCGAUCACUGCACCCUGCUUGAAGUCUACAAGACCUGGGCUCAUAACCGCUUUUCCAAUCCAUGGUGUUACGAGAACUUCAUCCAGGCCCGCGCUUUGCGGCGCUCUCAGGAUGUUAGAAGGCAGCUGAUCACCCUGAUGGACCGCUACAAGUUUGAGGUGGUGUCAUGUGGCAACGACUACAACCGAAUUAGGAGAUGCAUCACUGCAGGCUUUUUUGGCAAUGCCAGCAGAAGAGAUCCACAGGAAGGGUACAGAACCUUGACGGAUCACAACCAGGUCUACAUCCAUCCAGCCUCUGCGUUGUAUCAGCGCAACCCUGAGUGGAUUGUCUACCACGAGCUGGUGCUGACGAGCAAAGAAUACCUGCGAGAAUGCUCCACAAUUGAGCCGCAGUGGUUGCCUGAGUUGGCGCCAAACCUCUUCCAGCGGGCAGACCCCACGAAGCUGUCCAAGAGGAAAAUGCGGGAACGCAUUGAGCCCCUCUACAAUCGCUUUGAGCAGCCAAAUGCCUGGCGGUUGUCUCGCCGUCGUGGCUGAGAUCGGACAGAUCUACACUGAAAUUACAUGGAAAACACAUGGACACCCACGCUUGAUUCUUGCUGAGUCAGCCUCACAGGUCAUAUGGACUGUAGGAUUAUGUAGAAGGC